AUGGAUCGACAUCUGUCCGGUGAAUGCCCCAUGCUCGACAGCAACGGCUAUCUCAAACAGAGCACUUCUACAUCGGCAUCAGCUCCGAUGAAGAGGAUGAAGAAGACCAACGAGUGCUCAUUUAUCAAGUGUUCCAAGAUCAUGGUCGUGCCCAUCAAAUGCCCGCAGUGCUCCGCCUCCUUCUGCCCAUCCCAUCGUGCCCCGAACCAGCACAGUUGCAAGAACAUUUCUUCAUCCUCUUCUCCCGCAUCCUCCUCUACGCGCUUAGUCGCCAAAUCCGGGUCAGGCAGCGGCAUCAAGAACGCUUUCCAGAACCUCAAGAUCACCAACAAUGCUGCUGCAUCGAAUACAUCCGUUCCAGCUGCGAAGUCCAGCUCUUCUAGCACACCGGCCUGCCAUGCAGACACUUCCAGCGCAACGAUGACAACAUCAGCUCCCUUCGGCAAGAUGUUUGACAAGACCGAAAAACGUGCCAAGGCCGAAAGAUUAUCAGCCAUCCGAGCCAUGCAGGCGAGGCAGCGUAAAGGCAUCCUGUCCAAAGCAGAUGAACUCAAGUUGGCCGAAGAGAUGGCUAUGCUGUCCAAGACGGAGCGAAUGAAGGCUUCAGAUUCGGAUUGCGUCGUCAUGUGA